AUGGCGGAUGAAAAACCCAACUCGAAUAUAAAUAAUGAAAAGUUUAACGCAAUUUUGAAUCAAUUCAAUCAAAUAUGGCCUAAAUACUUGCCAUAUGGUGGCGUGUUUGGUUACCUUACCUUGUCCACAAACGCGUUACAUUUACCGGUUGUGCAACAGCUUUUAACAACAGAUGCAAGUCGUGUUUUCACAAAUUCUUGUUUUGCACUUUCCCACGUCGGGGCUGCGGUUUAUAUUUAUCACCGACCGAGUUUCAGCUUAUACCCGACCAAAGAAAGACUUCUGUAUAGUUUAUUCGGCAGUACAGUGUUUAAUCUGAGCUCUAUAUUGUCGUGGUCUGUACUACAUGUGGGACUACCAAAGGACGAACUUGGUAAAAGUCUGGUUGGAUUUGCAUGCAGUUUGACAUAUCUGUAUAUUGGAUAUAGAUAUUUGCGAAGCGUGGAUAGCCGUGUAGUGCGUGCAUUCAAGGCGGGGCAGCAGAAACUGGCCGAGGAAGAGAGUCUGGAGGUGAAAGAGAGAUUGGAGAGAUCGCAUCAUGACUACGAAGAUCAGGAGAUAGAGUUGGAUUUGGACGAUGAAGUUUGGAGUCGCCAAGGGAGCUUAGCUGAGGAACGACUGACUGUGAAUGUGGACGAUAAAGAUAACUAA